AUGGAGGUAAGAAGCAUACUGAUGAACGAAUGGCAAAAGGGGUGGGAUUUAGAUGGAUAUGGUAGAUGGACAGAUAUCUCAGAUCCAGACAUUAAUACCUGGUUGAACACUGGCGUGGUAGUGGCACUGUGCAAACACCUUUUUGUGCCAGUCCGCGCCAGCCUUGUGGAUACGUCUAAGUACGUUGUGACAGUCACUGGUGUACCUAGAAAACAAGAGGUAGAGGAAGAUCCAACCAUCAGUCAAGAUGAAACUGUUGAAGGGAUUUGGAGUAAUGCUAGCAGCGAUGAGCCGUCAACUUCAAGUUUUGUUCCCGUUGCGAAUAAGAAAAUUAAAAUUAGAAAAUAUUGCCCAGAAUAUUUAUCCUAUGGUUUUGCUUCCACUGGGGAUCCUAGUGCGCCAAACAGCCAGUGUGUAAUUUGUUUUAAGACUUUCAGCAACAGUUCAUUAGCUCCAGCGAAACUUCUAAGACACUUACAAACAAAUCAUAGUGAAUACAAGGACAAACCUGUGGAUUUUUUUCAACGCAAGUUAGUGGAAAUGAAUAAAAGUAAAAAGAAUUUAUCGUCUUUAGUGGGUAGCAGCAUUAAUGAAAAAGCAUGUAAAGCCUCAUUUCAAGUAAGUUACCGCAUAGCUAAGGCUGGAAAAGCGCAUAUAAUUGCCGAAACACUUAUUAAACCUUGUUUAAUAGAUGUUGUCGAAACCAUGAUUGGUGAAAAGUUUAGUAAUAGUGUAAAAAUGCUGCCACUUUCAAACGAUACUGUUCAUAGGAGAAUUUAUGAAAUUAGUAACGAAAUAGAAAAUACAGUUAUUCAACGGAUAAAAGGUAGUGGUUGGUAUGCACUACAGCUUGAUGAAACAACAGACGUGGCAGGGUGUGCAGUAUUGCUUGUUAUUGUGAGGUACAUACACAACAACUCUGCAGAAGAAGAAAUGUUACUUUGCAAACCUUUGAAGACCCAUACAACCGGCGAGGAAAUUUUUAAGAUGAUCGAUUCUUAUAUCACUGAAAAAGAACUUAAUUGGAAUCAGUGCAUUAAUAUCUGCACUGACGGUGCAAAAGCAAUGACUGGUAAAUAUUCUGGAUUUGUUGCACGUGUUAAAAAUGUCGUUCCAGAAAUUGAAAGUAGCCAUUGUAUUAUUCAUAGACAAGCAUUGGCAGUAAAAAAAAUUCCUCCCGUUCUUAAAAACGUUUUGGAUGAAGCAGUAAAAAUUGUAAAUUUUAUAAAGUCCAGGCCUCUAAAUUCACGAAUUUUUGCUGUUCUUUGUGAAGAAAUGGGUAGCCAAUUCACCACGCUUUUGCUUCACACCGAAGUGCGAUGGUUAUCGCGAGGAAAAGUAUUGGUUCGCCUGUUUACUCUGCGAAAUGAGGUGAUGGUGUUUCUUAAUGACUCUUCAUUUGAAUUAUCAUCAAGAAUAACUGACAUCAAGUGGUUACAAUGUUUGGCAUAUCUUGCCGAUGUCUUUUCAAGCCUUAAUGAAUUAAAUUUAUCACUCCAGGGAACUUCUGUAACAGUAAUCUCCUUAUAUGACAAAAUCCAGGCCAAGUUAAAUAAAAUACAGUUUUGGGAAUCGUGUAUAAACAGAGGAAUCUCGGAGUGCUUUCCUACACUGCAUGAUUUUGUGUGUGAGUCGAAGACUGCAUUGUCAGCAGAAAUCACUUCGGAGAUAAUAAACCAUCUUCAGAACCUACAAGUUUCAAUCAGAGAAUAUUUUCCAAGACGAGAAGAGGAUCUUGAUUGGGUUCGCAAUCCAUUCUCAGUCCCAGUCGAAAAGUUUCAUCAAACCCUAACUGUAAAACAAAUUGAACAACUUAUUGAUGUUGCUGCCGAUGGAAACCUUAAAACUACUUUCAACUCGGCUACAUUGUUGCAGUUUUGGGCCCAGCUUAGAAGUGAAUAUCCAGAAUUAGCCAAUUUUGCUGUUAAAAAAUUGUUGCCGUUUGCUACAACUUACCGUUGUGAAGUAGGGUUUUCGAAGUAUGCUCUUACAAAAACCGACUUAAGAAGUAAACUUAAUCCUGAAGCAGAUAUGCGGAUACAACUUUCAAACAUUGAACCCGAUAUCGACAAACUUGUAUCAAACAAACAGGCCCAUCCUUCGCAUUAA